AUGGUGUCUUUUGGGGCCGUCGGCAAUGUCGAAAAUGGCGUUAAAUUUAUUGAGUCGUGGCACGCUGACGAAGCAAAUUUUAAUGACGUGGAUCAAAUUCAUUUGCACGUGGACCUACAGCACCGUCGAGUACUCUCCUUCUCUCCCCUCCUCCUCUCCCCCUCCCCCCGCCUUCGUCUUUCUCAUCGAUCUUUCCUCCCCCGACGACCAACUGCUCUCCCUCAAGAAGGACCUCCUCCUCCUCCUCCACCACCACUUCCCCGAUCACGCCCUCGUCGCUCUCCUCACCUUCGAUUCCAUGGUCUAUCUCCACCAUCUCGCCUCUUCCCCAUGUUCCUCCCUCCACCUCUUUCACGGCAGCCGCUAUCUCUCCUCCAAUCAGAUCCGCCAGUUCCUCAACAUCGGCCGCCCCCACCCGCUGCAUCACGGACACACCCCAAAACAGGAUUUUCUGUUGCCAUUUUCCGAAUGUGAAUUCUCCAUCACUUCUGCA